AUGCCUUCGGGUGCCAUCAGCGAUCCCACUCCUAUCAAUGGAGCAACGUUUGAUUACAUUAUCAUUGGAGCUGGAAAUGCAGGAAUGCCAUUGGCAAACAGAUUAAGCGAAGAUUCAUCAAAAUCCGUUUUGGUUAUCGAAGCUGGUGGUGAUGUACGUUAUGAUGACACAGUUCGAAUUGCGAAUGAAACGUAUGGAGAUAACAAAAAGAAUCCUGAUCAUAGUUGGAUUUAUCCUGCCGUUAUGCAAAUUGAAAAUACGAAACCCGAUGUUUGGUUUGGUAAGGGAAUUGGAGGUUCAACAAACGUUAACGGUCAAGUCUGGAACGCUCCUUCUAAAGCACAAGUUGAAGCGAUUGCCAAAUUAGGUAACGAUGGUUGGUCAUGGGAGGAUUUGCUUAAGUAUUAUAAACGUGCACAAGAUUAUCAUCCUCCUUCGGCUGAAUUGGCAGCCGAUCCUGGUGUAACAUAUGAUCCCGAAGUACACAAUUCAGGCGGUCCAGUUACAAUCAGUCAUCCAAACAUUACAUUUGUCCCUCAAACACAAUCAGUCUUUGUUAAAGCUGUUAAAACUGCAUUGGGAAUGGAUCGUGCACAAGAUUUGCAAUCGGGAGAUAAUGUUGGUGUAGCAUUCGUUGCUCAAACCAUUCAUCCUAAUUCUACAUUGCAACGUGUCAGUUCUGCAACUUCAUACUUUACCCCUAUCGAAAACAGUCGUUCAAAUUUGGUAAUCUUACUCAAAAGUCGAGCUACAAAGAUCAUCUGGGAUGACUCCGCCAAUGGAACCGAUGCAAAAGCUAUUGGUGUUGAAUUUCAACAAUACCAAGGCGGUCAAACGUUCACGGCUAAAACAAGAGGUGAAGUGAUCCUUUCAGCUGGAGCGAUGCGAUCUCCCUUCCUUUUGGAACUAUCGGGUGUCGGUGAUCCAAGACGAUUAAGUACGAUCGGUAUCGCUCCAAAGGUGAAUUUGCCAGGUGUAGGCUUAAAUCAUAUCGAACAAUAUCAAGUUGGAACAGGCGCACCUGUACUCAACAUUUCAUGGCACGGAUUUGGUGCUUCAAGCAGUAUUGCUCAAUCUAAUGCUAUUCAGUUGUUUGGCAAGAAUGUCACUGAAGUCGAAAGUUACGUUCGUUCUAAGCAUGCUACUUGGGCACAAGAUCAAGUAAACGGAGGUGCAGCUUAUAAUGUAGAAGGUAUUAUGAAGCAAUACGAAUUGAUGACAGAUGGUAUAUUCUCCAAUCAAGUCCCGAUCGGUGAAAACUUCUUUGGCAAUGGAUUUUGGGGACCGCUUUCUUCCUUAUCGAUGUCUAUGUAUGUCUUGACACCUUACAGUCGAGGAUACGUUCAUGCAAUCUCAAGUAAUCCAUGGAGCGAUCCUGUCUUCAACCCUAGAUUCUUCACUGUUCCAUUUGAUAUGGAUAUGGAAGUGGCUCAUCUGCGUUCUGCCCGUAAGAUCUUCAACACGACAGAGAUGCAAUCAAUUAUGUACAACACAACAUUUUCACCUUUAUGCAAUUGCACUUUGGAUUCAGCAGAAGAAUAUGGAUUCUUACGUUCGCAUGCAAUUCAAAGCUAUAGCACUUUAGAUCAUUCCGUUGGAACAUGCUCGAUGAUGCCAAAGGAGUAUGGAGGAGUUGUGAAUUCCAAAUUUAUGGUUUAUGGUACGCAAAACCUUCGAGUUGUAGACGCAAGUAUCAUUCCAAUGCAAUUAAGCGCUCAUCCACAGGCCACGGUGUAUGCUAUUGCAGAAAAGGCUGCUGAUAUAAUCAAAAAUCAGCACACGAAUUCCACUCAGAGCUGA